CAGACUGACGGUGCGUGGAGGUGCUGACAACGGAGAUUCAUCAGAAGGGGAGAAAUAGCAACGCACCCUGUCGAGGUGGAGAGGCAGAUACGAUCGCUUUCUAGGAAAUACAACGGUGUUAGAAGCCUGAAGAAGCGCUUUGUACUGGCCUGAGCAGGACGUGUCAUGUCGUGCCACCCUAACUCCUCCUCCACUUUAUCUUCUGGAGAAUAGCGGCUCCCCUCUAAAGUCGGUAUUGUACACCCAGCUUAAGGUACCCAGCGUCGCCGACAUCCGGAGCCCGCCUGUCAGUGACGGAGCAGUCACCGGGGAGCAGCUCGUGUCCGACUCACCUGCGCCUAGACUGCGCCGAUUGGCCGCCGCGCUCUCGUGCCCGCCUCCACGACUCACCUGCAGGUUCAGCUCCCGCCCUGAGGAAGUGAUGUGAAAGAAAACCUCUGCUCUAAAAAGAGAAAAAUGUUCAAAAUUGCUUUUCUUUAGGUUGGUCUUGCUGAACAAUGCCUACCAUUUUUAAAUUGUCAUUUGAAUAAACUACUGACCGCACCCUGGGCAUAAAGGGACGGCGACACACCCACUUCUGUAUGCUGGCAAUUCUACAUUCUUCUUGAAGAAGAAAAUGCUUGGAGAACAAGUUUAAUAUGGAAUGGCACUGGGCAGCCCGUGUGACAGGAAUGGGAAUGGAGAUGUGCUACUUGGUAUGGACUUAAGAAUUUAGAAAGAAAAAAAAGAAAAGCUUAAAAAACAUAAAGGGUGCAUCUGACAGAAGACAGGGAGGGGCGUGGAUAAGAUUUGAAACACUGUAGCGUCCCAGACUGGAAAUUCUGGCUGACUGUUCAUAUUUAUUCUCUUCCACGUUUAACGUCUGCCUGAGAGAUUUGGUUAGCAGUUGACAUAUCCCUGGGAGAAUGUGACUUUAGCAGGCUACACGCAGCUUUUUGGAAAAAUCAAUUCUUUUUCUUGCUCACUGCCACUACUACUACUUCAUUUUGAAUCGGACUAUGCACCCCCGUGGCGGGAUGCGGGCCAGUGACCUUCCGGGAGAAGACGAAUCCAAUGUAACCUUAAGCAGCUUUCGGCCACGGGAUCCUGAUAUCCUGUUAAGUCUGGAGAAACGGCAACACGAGUCAUCGAACAGCCAGGGCACAUCUCAGGGUACAUUUGGAGGUUCAUCUGGAUCUAUGAAGACUAAGUGGUACUGUUCUUUGGAAACGCCGCCUCCCACCUCUGUCACUGAGGAGUGUGAUGACGGUGCCAUUUACACUGUUACAGUGAAACAACUCCAACUGCAGCAGAGCACCAGUAAGGAUAGUGCUGGACUAAGUGAGACAUGUCGAAUCCGUGUAAUCAAAGCUGGGACACUAGACAAACUCAUCCAACAUCUGUUGGACUCAUUCCAUUCAGGAGAUUCGUCUUACACAUCUGUGUUUCUGGCUACAUAUCGGGCUUUCAGCAAUACAAAAGUGGUUCUGACCAUCCUUCUGGAGAAAAUAGAGUACUCGUUGCUGACACUGGAGGAUACUACAGUAAAUAACACCCAAAAACAACUGGAACUUAAGAGUGCUGUCUCUUCUGUUUUCUCCACCUGGUUUGAGGACUAUCCUGAGGACUUCCAUGAGUUGAGGGAUCCAACUCUUUUAGAUAAAUUGUAUGGGAUCUUACAGAGAGAAUUCCGGGGCUGUGAUUUGAAACGAAGGGCAAAAAAAUUAUUGCAGUCAAUUAAGAGUAAUGCAGCUGAUGGCAAAGAGAAGGCACAAGCAGCAACAAAAUCUGCACCUCCUCUGUGCUCCCCUCCUGAGUACCAAGACAGUGAUUUUUCAUACAUGGACUUUACUGGUGUGCUGGAUUUUCCUUCUAGCCUAAUAGCUGAGCAGCUGACUAUGAUCGAGACAGAACUCUUUGUGAAAGUGGUGCCCUACCACUGUCUGGGAUCUAUCUGGACACAGCGUGACAAAAAGGGCAUGGAGCAUAUCUGUCCUUCAGUACGUGCCACUGUGCGCCAGUUCAACAAGCUCAUCAAUGCCGUGAUGUCAACAUGCCUGUGUAACACUCAGCUGCGCAGCCAACAGCGUGCACGCAUUUUGGAGAAGUGGAUUCAAACCGCUGAGGAAUGUCGUGCCAGGAAAAACUUCUCUUCUCUGUAUGCUAUCAUCUCAGCACUUAACUCCAACUCCGUGCACCGCCUGAAGAAAACUUGGGAGGAGACAAACAGAGAAGCAGUAAGAAGCUAUGAGGAAUUGGCUGACAUCUUUUCAGACAAGGACAACUAUUCCCAGAGCCGCGAACUGCUGAAGGAGCAUGCAGUUCACGGGACAGUGCCUUAUCUUGGAACCUUUCUGACAGACCUGGUCAUGCUGGACACGGCAGUUAAAGAUCACCUAGAGAAUGGAUAUAUUAAUUUUGACAAAAGGAGGAAGGAGUUUGAAAUCAUUUCCCAGAUCAGACUGCUGCAGUCCUCGUGUAAAAACCUUGUCUUUGAACGCAAUGAAAACAUUUUGAAAUGGUUUGACAAGAUACCUCAACUGAGUGAGGCUGAAAGUUACAAGCUAUCAUGCGAAAUUGAAUCACACGUUGAAAUAGCAACCCCAACAAAAGCCAUGAAACCAACUGUUGUAAUCACACAUUGCACUGACCUCCUGACAUCUAUUGCAGGCACAGCUAUGCCAAUGGGAUUUGUGACCUGGGAUAGGCCUGGAUUGGGGACACCAAGGACUUCAAAUGAAGGGUCUCUCGAGUCCCCAUCAACUUCAGAUGGACAACUAAAGCCAAGUAACCCCCUGCUGUCCAGACUGACUAAGCACACAAAGUCACCAUCUGUGUCGAGCUUAGACACUGUAGUCUCCACACCCACCUCUGUACCCUCUUUGCCAUCCCCACCAUCCACUUUGUCUCCUCCACCUUUUGUGAAAUCUCACCGACGGUCUGCAUCCUGUGGCUCUUCUGCUCCAGUUGCUGGUCAAAAGGCAGAAUCUGAUAUCAGGAUCAUCCGAGUGGGUAUGAAUUUGGAGGAUGGCAACAUGUACAGAAGUAUAUUGGUAAACAGCAAUGAUAAAGCACCAUCAGUUAUCAGCAAAGCUUUGGAGAAGCACAGUCUAAGCUCUGUAGAUGUAUCUGCAUAUGAGCUCGUACAGAUGCUGCCUGAUGGGAAAGAGCUCAUCAUACCUCCUUUAGGAAACGUCUUCUAUGCAAUGAACUCCUCCAGCGUUGACUUCUUGCUGCGAAAGAAGAGCCAAGCUCCUUCACCCCAGCCUCAGCAAACGAACAAUGAGCCUGGCGCCACUUUUCCACGAAUCAAAAAAGGAUUUAAAAUUGCCAGAAAUUUAUUCUGAUGACUGAACAGCAUAUCAUGUGGCCUCAGUUGGUUCAGAAUGUAACGCCAUAAUGAGCCAGGAACUCUUUAUAAUGUUAUGACUUCAUUCAGAACUCCAAACUAACUGGUAGCAGAGGGUGCUUUGUAGCACUCGCUCCAAGGGCAGCUGAAGAAGAGGAUUAUUUCUGGUACAUAAAGGCAAACCAGUGGGUUCAAUGAGAUGAAUUCUCUAAUUUGGAGACCCCUGGUGCUUGAUUUGGCAGAUAGGAAGGUGGGUAAGAGAAACAAAGUGGUCUUGGGAGAGACAACUGCACUUAAUUACAGAAGCCUGAGCAGUAGAUGUCACGUUAUCAGUGAUGGUCCUGAGCGGUCAAGCCACACUUGGGGGUCUACGAGUCUCAGGAGCAGCAAUUCAAUCCAUUGAACUCUCUGAAAGAAACAUGUGUGUAAAUGGCUGCUGCAAACGUACAUUUAUUUCUUAAAACGCACAUCACUCAAUAUGGACAAACCGAGUAAACUCAGGGGAACUUUAGUAGGCCGUAGAAUGUUCUUUCCAAGUAUUGUUUCCCCUAAAAAGCCACACUUUAAAUGCCCUCCGCUUUAAUGCUGUAAAGACAUUAAAAAGCUGGCAGUGUAGACUAAUAGUAAGUAAACUCAUUCAUAAUUACCCAAUGUGAUUUUUAGAUAAAUUACGCAACACUGAAAAAGCAAAUCGCAUGUUACAAAAUACGUAUGCACUUCAAGAUAAGUUAUAUGAAGUUGUCCGCAUCUUUUUAGGUGCUGUAAAGCCUUGUGAAAAUUAACCUUACAGAAUUUUUUGUGUGCCCAAAAGCACAAAGUUAGUAACUUGUAAUACUAAAAACUCCACUACAAUGCUACAAGUUGCUGAAAGAAGAAAAAGCAGCCGCUGGGGUGCAAAGAUAGGG